AUGGCCCUACCGCCUCCGGGUGAGACCGAGUCCCAGGACCAAGCGAGCUACCUGCCAGCACCCCGCCAGCACCUGGCUGCUUGCUACGCCCCUCUCUCUGGCUACGGUCAUUGCGGGAACCUCGCGGCAAUGGAGGAGGAUUUUCAGCCUCGGAAGCUGGCGGCUGCAGUGUCUGCGUCUCAGGCGAUAGCCCCCCACAAUGCUUUUCGGAUGAUGGCUCCUCCCUUGCAGAGCGAGGCGCUCUACAAUCUGCCCUGGUUCAACAAGUUGUCACCUUGGUACCCAAUUCCUCGCUUUACUCCUGAGGUCCCACAGUUUCUGUACAGCACUGACUCCGGUUCCAGCAGCCAGAAUUUGGUCCCCGUCGGUGGCCAAUCCAACAGAGGUCAGUGGUGGGGAGCAGAAGUUUUACGUCUGCCAUCCCCGAGUAUUGCUUCUCUACCAACUGAUUUUAAGGCCUCCCAGUCACUACCUGCCCCCCAAACCCUGAACCAAGAAGGGAAGCCGCCUCUUCGCGGCUUCAGCUUCACAGAGGAGGAGCUGCGCUUCGUUCUGUACGGAGCCAUCGCUAGCCCGGGGCACCCGGCCGGCCUACUCCACGCAAUUUCAGGCAUCCUGGUUCCCACAGACGGCUCUGGGUCUAAUCAUCUUAAUAAAACCCCGGACAAAGACCCUCUUCAGCUUCCAGAAGGUCUCUGCCUCAUGCAGACAGCGUUUGGUGAUGUCCCACACUUUGGUGUCUUCUGUAGCAACUUCAUUGCCAAAGGAGUGAGGUUUGGGCCUUUCCAAGGUAAAGUGGUCAAUGCCAGCGAAGUGAAGACCCACAGGGACAAUUCUCGGAUGUGGGAAAUUUUUGAAGAUGGCCACCUGAGCCACUUUAUCGACGGGAAAGGUUCUGGGAACUGGAUGUCCUACGUCAACUGUGCCCGGUUCCCCAUGGAACAGAACCUGGCCGCCGUGCAGCAUCAAGGGCAGAUAUUUUAUGAGAGCUGCAAAGACAUCUCCCAGAACCAGGAGCUGCUUGUGUGGUAUGGGAGCUGCUACGAGAAGUUUCUGGACAUUCCCAUGAACCUCCAGGUCGCCUCCGAGCAACGCAAGCAGCUGUCUGAGCCAGCUGAGGAGUCUGCAGAAGGUUACAGAUGCGAACGCUGUGGAAAGGUGUUUACGUACAGAUACUACAGAGAUAAGCACCUCAAGUACACUCCCUGUGUGGACAAGGGGGACAGGAAAUUUCCAUGUUCUUUCUGUCAAAGAUCCUUUGAGAAGCGUGACCGACUCCGGAUCCACGUUCUCCAUGUCCACGAGAGGCACCGGCCCUACCUGUGUUCAACGUGUGGGAAAAGUUUCUCUCAGUCUUCCAGCCUGAACAAGCACAUGAGAGUCCACUCUGGUGACAGGCCGUACCAGUGUGUGUACUGUACCAAGAAGUUCACCGCCUCCAGCAUCCUUCGCACACACAUCCGCCAGCACUCCGGCGAGAAGCCCUUCAAGUGCAAGCACUGCGGUAAGCCGUUCGCAUCCCACGCCGCCCAUGACAGCCAUGUCCGGCGCUCACACAAGGAGGAUGACCACAGCUCCUGCAGUGUUUGUGGGAAAGGCUUCCUGGAUCAAGAUGCUUUCUACGCCCACAUGAAGCUUCAUAAAGCCUGA